AUCCCUCAAAAACUUCCCCUUUGCCUUGUGCUUCUUCCGUGACCAUCCUUAACCCUUCUCACCUUCCCCUUAUAUAUAAAUAAAUGACCAAUUCCUUUUAGUUUCUCAAGAAAAUCUCACUUUGUUUUUUGGUUUUUUGGUAGUUUCUGAUUCUGGGGUUUUAUACUAAUAAUGGAGCUCAAGUCUUGCUUCACCACCAUCUUUUUUCUCUUCCUCUUUGCUGCUCCAUACUUUUCAAGAGGGGAAUAUUCAGAUGCGCUGGAUUCCAAUGAAGUUUAUGAGAUUGAUUAUAGAGGGCCAGAGACCCACUCAUCAAUUCCUCCACCUGACCACUCUCAUGGGAAGCCAUGGAUUCACAAAGAGAGUUCUUGGGGACACCCCAAUUACCCUAAAUCUAAGGGCAGUAACAUGGGAAGAAAAGUAAAGAAAAUACAUGGAUGAGGAAGCUUUGGAAGUGGGGAGUGUGUAGUUUUUGGUCAAAGAGUACUACGAACCUGGGUUCCUCUAUUUUUAUAGAAUUAUAUCAUCAACAUGUAGAGAUUAAGAAAUGUGAUUGAAUAUUAGAAUGUUAUGUCUUGUUUUUCUAUAAUAUCUUUCUCAUGUUUGUGUAAAUGAGGAGUACUCUAUAUAUGGUCCUAUGUUUGGAGCUUUAAUUAUGUGUUUUUGUAACUGUAAUUAUG